AUGGUCGAGCUGAAAACACGUGUCCUACAACACGUGAAGAGAAAUAAAAAAAUCUACACGUAGAAAAGGAGUAUUCAAAAGUUUAAAAUUUAUUCCUCAAGAAUAAGAGCUUGAAUUCAGUCACUCAAGAAAUUGAUUGUGUAACUGAUCAAGCCUGAUUUUUUUUGGGAUAAUAUUAUUGGCGCAGACUGUUUCUGUUGGGUGCAAAGCGAAGGCUACAAAACCAAAAGCAGCUGCUCCGAAACCGAUAAGCUCAAAUCGACAAUCUCGAAAGUUGUCCCACCAGCUCGUCCACCAUCACGACCAGAAGAUUAUGAGAUCAACUGGGGACCUAAAUGCUGUUAA